CUUGUGGUAGUUCUGUACGUACACUCGCUGCGCGCUAACGUAUCCAACGCUCGUUGCUGUGCAUCUUGCAGUUCAACAACAUUGAAAAUAUCUUUUUAUCGAAGGUACACGCCAACAAACAUAUACAUACAUAUAUUUAUAUACUUAUGUGCGAAGUAGUGAUUCAUUUGUGGUUUUUUGGUGAAAUAAUUGCAUUUUAAUAAAAAAAAAAAAAAUAUCUCAUUGAUUAGUGUGAUUAUUCGCGCUAGCUGCUAGCUGUAGCGUGAUUCAUUACUAAUUUUGUGAAACUUCCGGCUUAUCACUGCCUACUAGUAUAUGGAUUUCUUUAUCGAACAUAGGAGACAUAGCGCGGCUAGGCAUGGCAUAGUGUUUUGUUUACACGUGUAUCAUUUGGUGAGCACGUGGCCGUGUGACGGCUACACCAGGCCAACAAAUUGCGCCUACUUUGCGCUUGUAGCCUUGGUGAACUGUGGUCCUCUGUGAAAAGCAGCCCUCGGCGCGCUAGUGUGGCCUAGUAUCUAAGGUGUUUGUUCUAAAAAUAUCCAUGAAAUGUGGCGGCUGUCAUACUAUUUUACCAUUUGUGUGUCUGUUUGUUUUAGUUGUGUUGCCAAGCGUUUGCCGUGCUUCAAUUAUAUCGCUUAUGAUUAUGAUUUACAACUUUUCGCGUUUACUUUUUUUUUUCUUUUAGUCAUAUUUACUAUAUUUUUUGUGAACUUUAGCGUGGACGUUUUAAUUGUUGACACACUUACAUAUGUACGCAAAUAUGUGUAUACACUCUGUAUUUAUAAAACGUUAAUUAGCACAAUGUGAAAAAAAAUCAGCAACGCAACACUUUCGUGCUAAUUACGGAAGGUUUGUGUGUGUUUGUGUUGUAAACGAGUUUUAUUAAAAUAUUUAAGGAAGCUGAAAAUGGCUGCUGUGGAAUGUUUCGCGUGUAAUUUCUCUUUAACUAUUACCUUUGUUAACUUAAAAUCCAAUCGCAGUACUUUUAAUGCGAGUGCAUAAACAGGGUGGUUCAAAAGUGAUUUUAUUUAAAAAAAAAUAAAAAAUAAAAAUUAAUUUUUAAACUAUUUUCUGCUUAAUUGCACUAUUUACUUUCUACUUUCAAGAGCAGUGCAGAAACAGGGUGGUUCAAAAGUAAAUAAAAAAAGUUAAUUCUGGCUGCAACGAAGCUAUAAUACCCUUAACAGCUGCAUAAAAGAAUAUAAAGAGAUCUUUACCUUGAUUUUAAUCGGCUAGUUCGUAUAGCAGCUAUACGCUAUAAUGCUCCGAUCUGAACAAUUUCUUCGGAGAAUGUAGAUUUACUUUGUAUAACAAUCGAUGCCAAAAUUCAUGCAGAUAUCUUGUCACAUAAAAAAGUUUUCUCUACAAGGACUUGAUUUUGAUCGUUCAGUUGGUGUGGCAGCUUUAACCUUUAGUGGUCCGCUAUCAGCGGUUCUGAGAAAUGAGCAGUUUCUUAGGAGGCAAAUAACGUGUGUAAAAUUGGACUGACGUAUACAGCUAAAACAACUCAGCUCGUCAUGCUGACCAUUUAUAUAAAUAUAUUUCAUGUAUAUAUACGACAUGAUGAUUUGUAUGAUUUCCUAAUAAUGAUUCUGCAAGCCAAGCAUUUGACAUCUACUGCGCAAGUAGUUACUUUUAAUAUGAAAAUUGUUUGUUUCUGCAGGAACCUAUAGCCGUCUUAAUAACCUAUACCCACCCAAACUAUUUUCCAUUUGAUGUUUUGCGUCAGCUGUGGAUAUACAUACAUAUGUGUGUAUGUCAGAAAUACCAUAUGUAUCCAUUUGCAUGACUUAUUUGCGCGUGCGCAUAAAUAAUAGUAAAAACAAAUAUUCGUUUACUUAGCUUUGCGCCCGAGCUGCUAAGAAUACAUCAAUACGUUGGACGCAAAAAAAAAUCGCAUGAUAACAAUAAUAAAGUGUUAAUUACAAGUCCCAGGAUGCAUACAGUAAAUUGGAAACUAAUAUUGAUGAUGUUAUUAUUGUUGGGCGAUCGCCAUAAGCGCCUCUAUUUAUUUAGCUGUCUGGCAUUAUUCAAUAGUCGGAUCGCUUGCUUCAACGGGAGCAAGUGGAGUAGUAAACUAGCUUUGACAACUCACAAGUGAAUUGAAAGUUUAUUUCAAUGGGGUGACUUGUGGAACAGUGCUCUCCUGAACCCGGGACCAAAAGGGACUUCAUUGACCAAUAACUCAAACUAACUCCGGCCUAUUUUAUAAAAUCAAAUACAAAAAAGACAUUAGCAAAAAUUUUGGCAUUCUACAAUUUUCAACAAAUAACUGUAUUUUCAAAGUGCUUCCAAGACAACCGAUUCUAAACAGCACAUAACAAAUCUUAGUGGCAUUCACCGCCGAACUACAAAUACAUAACCAGCGAUUUGCAUUUAUAGAUCACAAAAAAAACAGACAUCACAGAACAUAGUUACUUUUCGUAAACAAAACAGCUAGCGACUUGAACGCCUCCUCCGAUGAGCAACACGGUCGUUUUGCCAGUCAAAGUGGCCACAGAAACCCUAUACCUCGGUGCUAACCACCUCGCUUGUGCCAACGUUACACGCACAGUUGUUGUUGUAGCAACCAACAACAUCGACAUACACCACCGCAGCUUUGGACAUUCAUACGCUGCACGCGCUGACCUCAAUUAUAGCCGUGUGUAAAACCCUAGCCACAUCAUAUUUGUGCCGUUACCAGCUAAAUAUUUCUUGUGUGAAAUCAAUUCUAACUGAAAAUAAUCUGUAUUAUAAUAAUAAAUAAAAAACAAGAGGCUUUUAUCUUAACAAAAACUAUCUAACUAAAGCGCAUAUCGUAAAGGAGCCGUAAAAAGUCCGACAUUUUAAGCAGCGUUUUAGGCGCUUAAACGUAUUCCUUUCGCAUUUGUAACCAGUAAGCUUCAAGACGGCCGGAACAAUGCUUAAAGUUGUGGGAGCAUCUUGGCAAAAAACUCGGAUAGGGACUUACAUCCUUAUCGGUGCUGGUUUACUUGUGAUCGGAGCUUUCUUCAUUAGCUAUAUGGAACGUCCGAAAUAUAAUGGUACUUACUGUGCCACAGAAUUUUGGUCGAAACAGACUGGAUUUCAUACUGAAUACUGGAAACAGCAAAAUGAUCUUCUUAACAUUCCAAAGGGUGCUGCUAGAGUAUGCUACAAGGAUUCCAUCUAUGAAAAUGGUUGGGCGCAAAUAGAGGUGGAAACACAACGAACCUACCCCGACUGGGUGCAGGCGUUCGGUGCUGGCAUACUUGAGGGCUCUUUGACAUGGAACAACAUCUAUAAUCAAUGGAAAAACACCAUCGAAUCGUCUUGCAACCGUGAUGAGACUUCACAGAAUUUCUGCACUUGGCUGCGCGAGCUACUUGAAGAGAAUUAUAUGAGUAUCAAAGAGACGGCUUUGCAACGUGGCGAACAUGAUCACUACUGGCAUCAGAUCAGUCUAUACUUUAGACAAUUGGAGGGUUUAAUGACAGGCUAUAUACGAGGCGCAUCACGUGCACGUUCAGAUCUCGAAGAGGAAAUACCAUUCUCCGAUUUUCUACUUUUGAAUGCAGCGGCAGAUAUACAAGAUCUUAAAAUAUAUUUUGAGAAUUUCGUAUUGAAGACAGAUAAUCAAACAGAUGUCGCUGCGGAAUCAAAGAACACGCAAGUUGAAGCUGGAGGCAUGGCAGCUGAUGCUGUUUCGGCAACCGAAACCGGCCCAAAGAACUUCUUUCUACCGAGUGCCACAAUGCUAACGAAAAUCUUUCAAACUGGCGAUUCGCCAACAUGGCGCUUACUCUUCGGUCACAGCACUGCCGCCAGUUAUGCCUCAAUGUUGCGCAUACAGAAACGUUAUAAAUUUCAUUAUCACUUCUCACCGAAUAAACGCUCGAAUACGGUGCCCGGCGUAGAUAUCACAUUUACCGGUUAUCCCGGCAUACUCGGCUCCACCGAUGACUUUUACAUUGUUAAAGGACGUCAAGUGCAAUCGAUUGUCGGUGGUGUGGGUAUUAAAAAUGAGAAUCUCGACUUGUGGAAGACGGUAAAUAUCACACAAGCCUUGCCGUUGGCGGCACGCGUCAUGGCCGCAAAUCGUAUAGCGCAAAAUCGUCGCACCUGGGCGAAGGCAAUGUUACGUUACCCCUUCACUGGUUGUAAACAGUGGAUAACGGUGGACUUGAAUAAAUUGCGACCACAAGACAAUUUAUAUAUGACACUGGCGGAGGAUGAAAAACACGAUGAUGCCGCAUUGCCAUUGAAUGCCGCCGAUGAAGCGGCCAUUAGUGAGCGUCACAAUCGCAAUAAGGGUUUGGUGUGGAUCGUCGAACAGUUGCCCGGACGCAUAAAUCUUAAGGAUGUGUCAGAGAAUUUCCUAACCGGUGAAAAUUCCACUUGGAUAGCUAAUGGUGUGCCUUACUUCGACGAAAUGCUGCAAGCUAGUGGCUUAACCGCGGACAACACCUAUGUUGAUAUGAAAGCCAAACUUGAAGAUGAGCUCACCAAUCUGGAAGCUGUCGACCAGUUUAUGCGCAAGCACGGUUUUCGUGGCGAUCUGCUGGGUGAAGAAUCCGUGGCCUAUGGCAAUAUUGACAUCAAAUUAUUCUCGUACAAUGCGCAAAUCGGUAUUAGUGAUUAUCAUGCCUUCGCCGGCCCCAUAUUUAUACGGCUGCAGCAUGUACAAACGCGCGAGUCGGUGGCAAGUGUUGCCAGUGAGUCCACAGACAUUGCCUCCAAUUUGAAGGACGAACGCUUGAGUGUGAGCAUCGAUGAUGCGGCGCAACUAGCGGAGCUGGAGCGCAUAACCGAUCGCCGUUCGGUGCGUAAUGACAUGCAAGCGAUUGCAAUGCGCGAGGCUUCGAGUGGACCGUUUAAGUGGUCGGAGGUAGCGAAUCAUAUGUCGGAUGUUAAGCAUCAAGGUCAUCCCAAUGAAUUUAACUUUGGCAAAGUGUCACCGAAGUGGGCGUGGUGAGCGGUGGUUGUACCAUUCGAGUAGCAGUUUUUGUAUUUUAAUAUUACAGACAGACAAACAUACACACAUACUCCUAAAUUUGUAUAUACUUAAACACAUACACACAUGCCUGUGUGUGUUUUCAUUCUAAUUUGCUGUGUGGAAUUUUAAACCAUUUAUCCAUUAUGUUUUAACUUAUUCGCUUAUGUUCUAUCAAAAUCCGUGUUAGAACAAAAACAAAGUUUUAUUUAGUAAAUUUUAUAAUUUCUAAAGAAUUCGUAUCGAUUGCUUCUAAUAAAAAAAAUUGUAUUGUUGCGAUUUUAAGGCGUUUGUGCAAAACUUGUCCAUAAACUAAAAAAAGCAGAUAUAAAUUUAUAUUGUAAAAAAAAGUAAACAUUAGUCUUCCAUAGUGUCGUCCAUUUAAGCAGGUUUUUUUUUUUGUAAAAAUAAAAUAAGAAUGUAUUGCCGGUUGUAUGUACAACAUCGGUUUAAGAUUUCUAUCUUUUAUACAGAGCAAUUGUGAGCAUAAAAAAUACGUAAAAAUAGAAAAUUAUAUAAAACAAAGAAAA